UCACAAACUAAAACACAACAAUCUACACAGUUAAACAUUCUUGUAUACUUCUCUUGAGCAACACAUAUUUAGCAUUAGCAUUCUCUUAAGCAACACAAAUAUGGCCAACACUAACAAUGUUUUUGCUACUCCUCUAGUGAAGGCAGCUAGCUUGCAAAGCCGCGCUUACGUUACGUUCUUGGCUGGUAAUGGUGACUACUGGAAAGGUGUGGUUGGUUUGGCUAAGGGGCUCCGAAAGGUCAAGUCUGCCUAUCCUCUUGUUGUGGCUGUUCUGCCUGAUGUACCUGAGGAUCACCGCCAGAAGCUGCUGUCCCAGGGCUGCAUUAUCCGCGACAUUGAGCCUGUCUACCCUCCCGAAAACCAGACUCAGUUUGCCAUGGCGUACUAUGUCAUCAACUAUUCCAAACUCCGCAUAUGGGAGUUUGUGGAGUAUAGUAAGAUGAUAUAUUUGGAUGGGGAUAUUCAAGUGUUCAGCAAUAUAGACCAUCUGUUUGACAUGCCUAAAGGAUACUUCUAUGCUGUGAAGGACUGUUUCUGUGAGAAGACAUGGAGUGAUAGUCCACAAUACAAGAUUGGGUAUUGCCAGCAGUGCCCUAACAAAGUCCAGUGGCCUUCUAACUUAGGUCCCAAGCCCCCUCUCUAUUUCAAUGCCGGCAUGUUUGUUUAUGAGCCUAGUCUCUCGAUUUACGAUGAUCUCCUCUCCUCUGUCAAGACCACCCCUCCCACUUCCUUUGCUGAGCAGGACUUUCUGAAUAUGUUCUUUAGGGAUGUUUAUAGGCCAAUUCCAUCGGACUAUAACUUGGUUUUGGCCAUGUUAUGGCGCCAUCCCGAGAACAUAAAGAUGACUAAUGUGAAAGUUGUGCAUUACUGUGCUGCUGGUUCUAAGCCCUGGAGGUACACUGGAGAAGAAGAGAACAUGGACAGAAAGGACAUCAAGAAGCUAGUCAAGAUGUGGUGGGAUAUCUACGACGACAAGUCGUUGGAUUACAAGCCAACCACUAUCCGUGCUCUGGUGAACCCUGAAGCUGAAACCGACGAUGGUGUUGCAGAGAUCCUGGUGGCUCUAUCUAAGGCCGGAAUCGUGAAUAUGGUUUCGGCUCCAAGGGCUGCAUAGCUUAACAGUGUGGUCAUAUAUAUAUUAUGUUUACUUUCUUUUUUCCUAAGGUAUAUCAUGUUAUUAAGCUUGUCUUUCUGGUUUUUUAAGGGAAGAUGGAUAGCUAACAAGUACUAUAGCUGCUGAUGCCAGCAGCCUAUGAGUGUGUGCCUGUAUGGAUUACUGUGUGAAAGUUCUUGUAAUGAUAAUCAAUAUAUUACAAUUAUCCAAAGAUUUGUACAAGAAUACUUGGAUCUAA